CAACAGCAUUGUAAAACCAACCGCAUUUGGUGUCGUACACUGGUACGGAAAUUCGGUUAAUAAACCGUACAUAAACAAUCGUAUUCUGUUGAUUGAGUGACUGAGCGAGCGAAACAAGUUUUGUGUCAUUGUCAGCGUACAUACAUAUAUAGAUAGAUACACGGAUAUAUAUAUAGAAAAUCGUUAAACUUAGUGACUGUGACGAUGGCUUUCGCUUCCAAGUGCGCAUUUGUCGUCGUCACCAUAUUUGCCGUGGUGUUGACGCUCGGUGGUGGAGGAGGGGGAAUCGGUGUUGUGGAUGCACGCCGUAACCAAGGUAGUAGCCAGCGCAAACCAUCAUCCAGCAGCAAUUCGGGUCAUGUGACUCAGCAGCCCAGUUACAGCAACAACCACAACAAUGGUGGCAGCAACUCCCACGCCGAUGUUGCCAAAUUGAGCUAUCCCAACUACAACUCACAACCGAACCGUCCGGCUAACACUAACAACAAUCCGCCCGUCGGCUGGAAUGUGCCACAGGGUCCACCACCCGCCUACUCGGCCUCGAAUCCCGUUGGCGGCGCUCGCACCAACAUGCAUGAGUCACCACCAUCGUAUCAUGCACCCAACUAUGGAGCAGCACCAGCACCAGGUGGCAAUAUUCAUCAGCCCAUAACGGCCACUCAAAAUCAUGGUCAACAGUAUGCCGGAGUACCACCUGGCGCCACUUACUAUCCAUCUGGCAGUCAUGUGCCAGGCGGCUAUCAGCCGGGUCAUUAUCCAGCUGGAGCUUCCUCUUAUCCAGCGGCUGGCGGCUAUCAUCCGGCUGCUGCACCACCGCCAGGCGCUACCUAUUAUCAAUCUGCCUCUGCUUUGCCACCGGGUGCAACCUACUAUCCCCAAGCACCCCAGCAAUCUUCGUCAGGACCAGGCUUCGGUACGGGUCUAUUGGCUGGAGGAUUGGGCGGUGCUGUGCUGGGAUCUGUGCUAACAUCUUCCUUAGGCGGCAGCUCAUCACAUCCCAUGGCUGCUGCUCCAGCUGCCGCUGCUCCAGCUGCAGGUGGUCAGGAUCGUAUUAUAAUCAUUAACAAUGGUGCACCGGUGAAUGCAAGUGAUGGCACCACUGUCGUCAAUGCCGCUGGCGCACCCAUGACCCCAAUGAAUGUACCUCAAACUGACGCUGGUGCUCCAGCCGCUCCGCCCGCUCAAUUGGCUCCAUUCUCGCCAGAUGCCAUGGCCAAUAACACAGGUGCUGCACCACCUCCACCCCCACCGGGUGGCAUCAUUUGCGUGCCCACCAAGGUCAACGAAACGGAUCCCGCAGAUAGCACCAAAAUGAUUGAAGUGGAAAAGAUUGCCUGCUAUCCGGCCCCACAACCGCAACCUGCAGCACCCGGCGCUGAACCCGCACCAUUGGCACCGUUGGCUCCGAUGGCCCCGAUGGCCGCCAGCCAGUCACCCCCGGCUAUGCUGGCACCUGACCAGGCAGCCGUACGCUCGAAUACCAACGGUGCUGGCAGCAGUUGUAAUCUGCAGAGCAUUCUUCCCCUGUUGGCUGCCCUGCUCGGUGGUUUACUGCUGCGCCAUGUUGCUGCUGGCAAUUAAGGCGAACGGGCAUCGCGAACAUUCCAAUUUUGUUGCUUGGCACUUUUUAUUAGCCUCACCGCCAUGGCACUCCCUAUAAUUCGACCCCCAACCCAUCCACCCAACCACCCACCCACCCUUCCACACAUAUUGCAGCGUAUUUUCAAAUUAUGCAUUGUUAUCUAGUAUUUGUCGGUAGAGUAUUCUUAAUUCGUAUUUUGUAGAUGACAACGCCUGAUAUUACCAAUGGCCUUCACUUGUGAUGAUGAUAAAGAUGAUGAUGAUGAAGAUGAUGAUAAAGAUAAAGAUGGUGAUGAUGAGAAUAAGGCAGCUAUUCUCGAAUGAAGGGACAUUCUCCGAAACGUAAACUGUGAAUCUCUUAUAAAUGUUAUUACUCAAAAAAAAAAAACAAAAAGAAUUGAUAUUCGAAUGUGGACCAUUUAAUGGGAGUCACAUGCUCCUCCAUUUAAAAAGACAUAUCUCAGUGUAUGUAUUGUAAUUGUUGCUUACUUAUAAAACCAUAUUGUAGUAUUAAUAGACGCUUUAAACCAGUUUUUACCAUAUUUCGCAUAUUAGUUACGAUAUUCGUUGAUUGUAUAUUUUAAUUUUUUCUAUUCUCAUUCCCCUUGUGUUGUUCUGGUCAAUUGAUUUAAUAAAAGCUUAAACAUCACACCCGCACUCAAGCUCCAA